GGUGGACCUCGGCACUCAGCAUCUUCAUCCCCCACCCAAAACCUUCAUCUGUUUCGGCUCCUUUUGUUUCUCUACUCUCCGUUCCUCCGGUUCGUCGCAUCGGACGUGUGGAGCCCUCAUGGGCAGUGUUCUGGCCUUGGCUGGUGCGGGCCGUCAGAACUGGCCUUUCUCCUCGGACACACCCCCUACCCAGUGGGACACGCCCCUUCCUCACUGGGAUACGCCCCCUCGCUGGGAGAGGAGGGACGGACGCCUCCCCAACCCCGGGAGCUUCCAUGCCCUGCAUCACUCGUGCAAGGAUGUGUUCCCACAGCAGAUUGAAGGAGUAAAGAUGAUGGUCAACAAAACCCUUAGCAGCUUCUUCAAAGCCAGUCAUACCUUCCACCUCAGUGCAGUGAGUCCGUCUCAGUACCGCUUCCAUGUGGAGCACCGUCAGUCUGACAGUCACGGCAAAGAUACGGACUCCCCCGUGCUGAUCGGUGAGAUGGACUCCUCCGGCAGUCUGAAUGCUCAUUCGCUGCUGCAUCUUAGCGAACGAAUCAGGGCCAAGGCUGUGUUUCAGACCCAGCAGGCUCAGUUCAUGACGUGGCAGUUUGAGACGGAGUACAGAGGAAGUGACUUCACAGCUGCUGUUACCAUGGCGAACCCUGAUGUCCUACGGGAGUCAGUGAUCCUGGUUGCCCACUUCCUCCAGAGUGUGUGUUCAGGGCUGGUGUUGGGAGGAGAGCUGGUCUACCACAGAGGAAGACAUGAAGAGGGAGGGAUUCUCACCCUGGCUGGACAGUACUCAGGUCCUAAUUGGGUGGCGACACUGAAUGCUGGGAAAGGAGGAGCUCAUGCCAGCUACUACCAUAGAGCUAACAAACAGAUCCAGGUGGGGGUAGAGUUUGAGGCCAGUACCAGGACCCAGGAGACGACGGCCUCCUUCGGGUACCAGAUGGAACUACCAGAGGCUAACAUGGUGUUCAGAGGCAUGGUUAACAGUAGGUGUAUAAUUGGAGGAGUACUGGAGAAGAGUCUGUCUCCUCUCCCUGCUACACUGCUGAUGGGAGCCUUCGUUAAUCACCGUGGUGACAAACUGCAGGUGGGGCUGGGAAUCAAUGUGGGCUAGACUACAACACCCACAACCCUCUACAGAAGGGACUCCCUCACAUGCCCCUCCCCCAGCCCUGUGGCCUCGUGGGAAACGGCGUUCCUGUUUUUGGAGGAAGAAAAUGGUGCAGCAAGAAUUUCCCCCCUAGCGACCACAUGGCAACUGUUACAUCACUUCCUGUUGAAAAACCUGAACUGGACAGACUCACGAGAUGUCAGCUCCACACAUAGAGAGCGAUAGAGGACUAAAUUUAGUAUCUGUGACAUUAUAUCAUCUGACAUAGCAUGGGCAUUUUGAAGUAGUACAUUCUCUUCUUAAACGAUUGGCUGAUCAAUCUUGAUGACCCAGUUAAACAUGGCUCCAAUAGGUUCAUCAGGAAGGAUCAGCCAAUAAAGUUGGAAGUCCCACCCAGUUGACUACAUUAAAAUGGUGGAAUCCAUCAAUGGCGCUGUCCAUGCUAAUAUGGCCUUUUGGCCACUAGAGGUCUCUAUCAUUCUCUAUGACUCCCCCACACCUCAUAAUGCAUAAUGGACAGCUCAUAGUAAUAGCUGGAAUCAAACCAUGUGUUUGAUACCAUUCCAAUGAUUCCGUUCCAGCCAUUACCACGAACCCAUCCUUCCCAUGUAAGGUACCACCAACCUCCUGUGCUCACCUCCCAUCCCCCAUAAUGCACCUCACCUCCUAUCCCCCAUAAUGCACCUCACAUCCCCCAUAAUGCACCUCACCUCCCAUCCCCCAUAAGGCACCUGACCCUUCAUCACCCAUAAUGCACCUCACCUCCCAUCCCCCCAUAAUGUAUCUCACACUCCAUCACCCAUAAUGCACCUUACUUCCCACAACAUACUCUAUGUAUACUAUAUAUUGUAAUAUCAUAAUAUAUUUGUACUCUAUGUGGGACCCUCUAGAGAUUAAACUGAUGUUGAGACUGGGACCCUCUAGAGAUUAAACUGAUGUUGAGACUGGGACCCUCUAGAGAUUAAACUGAUGUUGAGACUGGGACCCUCUAGAGAUUAAACUGAUGUUGAGACUGGGACCCUCUAGAGAUUAAACUGAUGUUGAGACUGGGACCCUCUAGAGAUUAAACUGAUGUUGAGACUGGGACCCUCUAGAGAUGAAAUUGAUGUUGAGACUGGGACCCUCUAGAGAUGAAAUUGAUGUUGAGACUGGGACCCUCUAGAGAUUAAACUGAUGUUGAGACUGGGACCCUCUAGAGAUUAAACUGAUGUUGAGACUGGGACCCUCUAGAGAUUAUACUGAUGUUGAGACUGGGACCCUCUAGAGAUUAAACAGAUGUUGAGACUGGGACCCUCUAGAGAUUAUACUGAUGUUGAGACUGGGACCCUCUAGAGAUUAAACAGAUGUUGAGACUGGGACCCUCUAGAGAUUAAACUGAUGUUGAGAUUGUGGGGCCCUCUAGAGAUUAAAUUGAUGUUGAGACUGGGACCCUCUAAAGAUUAAACUGAUGUUGAGACUGGGACCCUCUAGUGAUUAAACUGAUGUUGAGACUGUGGGGCCCUCUAGAGAUAACGGCCAGCCAGAAUUAUCUCUAGAGAUAACACCCAGACAGAAUGAUAUCUAGAGAUAACGGCCAGACAGAAUUAUCUCUAGAGAUAACGGCCAGACAGAAUUAUCUCUAGAGAUAACGGCCAGACAGGAUGAUCUCUAGAGAUAACGGCCAGACAGAAUGGUAUCUAGAGAUAACGGCCAGACAGAAUUAUCUCUAGAGAUAACGGCCAGACAGGAUGAUCUCUAGAGAUAACGGCCAGACAGAAUGGUAUCUAGAGAUAACGGCCAGACAGAAUGAUCUCUAGAGAUAACGGCCAGACAGUAUGAUCUCUAGAGAUAACGGCCAGACAGAAUGAUCUCAUCCUCCACAAGCCCAGGAGCAGGAGAUAUUACUAUAUUAUACACUGAAUGUACCAAAUAUUAAGAACACCUUCUUAAUAUUGAGUUGCACCCCCUAUCUCCCCCUUUUGACCUCAUAAGAGCCUCAA